GUCACAACAUUAUUUGAUAUUGCUUCACUUACGCUGUUAUCGACCUCGUGUGUAUGUCAGAUGAACUAACGAAGAUCUGACAAGGGAGUUUGCUUUUUUCUCUUGUUAGUUUGAAACUUCAUCUAAAUGACCGUGAUAUUCUGUAGACAGCUAAGUAGAUACCGUACGAAAGAAACCUUCAUUGCGGAAAGGAGUGCAUCCUUAUAUCUAGAGACUGGUGCAACUAGUGGGGCAGUCAGUAGAGCGCAUCCUUUGCAACCAGUGUUGCUCAUAUUCGGCCCUCAAAAAAGACGAAAAUCUGAGCAUAUCAGGAGAGAAAAUUGGUUUUACGAACAAGGAAGAAAUCCGGUAGUUAUCGAAACUUGAAAGAUUCAUAAUGGCAAAUGCUGAGCAGGAGUCAUUAAAACAGAUAUUGCCAAGAAUGCCUGUUCCGGAGCUAUCUGUCACCCUCAAUCGGUAUCUUGCCGGCUGCAAGCCCGUUGUUCCCAGCCAGCAGUACGACUACACCUGCCGCUUAGUAGAGGACUUUCUUCGGCCCGGUGGCGAAGGAGAACGUCUCCAAAAAGAACUGCUACAAUAUGCUGAAUCUCAGGAGAACUGGGCAACAUCUCUAUGGCUCGACGAUAUGUAUCUUCGCAAUCCUGUUCCACUUCAAAUCAACUCUAACCCUUUCUUCCUGUUUCCCAAGCAGCAAUUCAAAUGUGGUACUGAUUAUUUGAGGUUUGCUGCCAAAUUAAUAUGUUUUGCGCUGAGCUUCAAGGACAAGAUUGAAAGUCACUCACUUCCGCAAGAGUAUUCAGCUGGGCACCCUUUAUGUAUGAACACUUAUUACCAUUUUUUCCGAGCAAUUCGCCAGCCAGGUUCAGAGAAGGAUAUUAUACACAUCUAUGAUGAAACUGCUAAACACAUUACAGUGGCCUGUAAGAAUCAGUUCUAUAUCCUACAUCUAGGUGACACAAAAAACGACAUAAAAGAAGAUAUCCUAGUGGAAAAAUUAGGUGCAAUUGUUCAAAUGUCUAAGGAUCAGGAACAAAGAGAACCACCAAUAGGUCUAUUAACAACGCAAAACAGAAGAUGCUGGGCUGGUACAUACCACAAACUUCAAAAAAGUGGAGUCAAUAAACACUCUUUAAACAUGCUGGAAAGUAGUUUGUUUCUACUGUGUCUAGAUGAGCCACUGACCUCCAAGCCCAACUACUCCAGUAUCCGUAGGGAGUCAAUUAACCUUGAGGUGGAAACAAUGGCAAGUCACAUUCUCCAUGGAGGUGGUAGUGAUUUCAAUAGUGGUAACCGCUGGUUUGACAAGUUUUUACAGUUUGUAGUGAGUCGUGAUGGAGUUUGCGGUCUGGUCGUUGAACACUCCGUGUCGGAAGGAAUCACUGUUGUCAGAUUCAUGCAUGAUUUUCUAACUUAUAUAGAGACCCCUCCACCUGAUGAAACUUGUCAGUCAACAGUAUUCAUUCAGUCACCAAUUAAAUUGAAUUGGGAACUUUCUGAUGACAUUUUAUGCACAAUAAACGACGCUGAAAAGAAGAUGAACAGACUUGUUAGUGACCUGGAUCUUUAUAUCCUACGAUUCAGCGACUACGGCAGACAGUUUAUAAAAAGUAACAAGAUGAGUCCCGAUGCUUACAUCCAGUUGGCACUUCAACUUACUUACUACAAAGUACACCGAAAACUUGUGUCCACUUAUGAAAGUGCCAGUCUUCGAGCAUUUCACCUAGGUCGUGUUGACAAUAUAAGAGCUGCAACAUCAGAAGCUUUGAAGUGGUCGCAAGCGAUGUGCGAUGAGAGCCAGGACGUCAGUAAAAUCCAAUUGUUUCAAGAUGCUGUGAGGAAACAGACGGAGGUUCUUCAUUACACUGUUAAAGGCGAAGGGCCAGACAUACAUCUUGUAGGGCUAAAAGAGAUGGCUAAAUCUGCUGGACACCUGCCUGCCUUAUUCCUAGACAGAUCUUAUCAAGAAUUUAUGAAUUUCAGACUAUCAACAAGUCAGGUUCCUUCAGAUAAAGCAAUAUUAGUUGGUUAUGGUCCAGUAAUCUCUGACGGCUAUGGUUGCUGCUACAAUCCCCAAAAUCAUUACAUCGACUUCUGUGUUUCGUCCUUCUUCAGCGCUCAGGAGACAAGUUCUGACUUCUUCGCUUUGAGCCUAGAAGGUAGCUUGCUGCAAAUGCGAGAAUUGUGCUUGAAGGCUUCUGAGCAACAGGGCAGAAAGAAAGAAGAGUUAAUUACGGCGUCUGUGUAAACAACCAUGGUUAAAGUCUAUAGAAGUCGUAUACUGUGUUAUACUGUAAUACGGAAGCUUACUAGUGCAAUUUAUGGGUAGAGGAGCAGAUAUUUAUUCCUCAUAAAGUAGUGUUUUAAUAUCGUGUAGUAUAACGCGUAUUUUGGGUUUUGUUGAAUCUAAAUAUUUAGUGUUAUUUAUUAUGUGAAAGAAAUAUCCUUCCUCAUUAAGCACAGUUGUUCAUGAUAACCUCAAUCUAUGUUAUCAACAUGUUCCCAACUAUAACCACAACUGAAACAUUUCCACAUUAUUAGAUUAACUUGACUUCAAAAUAGCUACUAUGUGUAUAUUGGAUAGGAUCAAGCGCUUUGAACUUGCUAGAUAUUGUUAGUUGUUAUGAAUGUAAUGGAUAUUACUAGUGGCUACAUGCUUAUUAGAUGUAUUCGCUGCGUGUUCCUAGACAUUUACUGGUCUUUGUGGACUUGUUUGGAACUAAUAUUAAAUACUUAUUCUUUGGGUAUUACUAAUAGACAUGCUUGGACUAAUAAUAAUUGUUCAUAUUUGUAGUUAUUUGUUAGAAAACUGACUGCUUCUUAACAUAUUAAUUUAUUCUGCGUUAUUUAUUAAACUUGUUAAGAAUAGUUGAAGUUAUCUCUAUAUACCCUUUAUUUGUUUAUACAAAUUUUAGAAUGUUCUCUGUUAGUCUUACCAUUUUCCCAUCUUUGUUGAGAUUUGUAUUCUAAAUAUAAAGUAAAUUAAAGUUUGCAAUGAACAAAACUGUUCUUAAUUCGAUAACUUAUAGGCUCAAUUUUGCCUUUUAAAGUUCCAUCUUAGCAAUAAAACGUUACGGGUCGACCUCAAAGUUUUAAAAAUCUAACAGUGGUUGUUCUUUACAGGUGAUGAGCGGUAUUUUAAAUACAGAGGGUUGAAUACGUUAUAUUAAAACAAUUUUGAAUAUGCAAAUAAGAAAAUUAUAUGACAACCAAAGGCGAUAUAAAAUCUCGAUGAAACAGAAUGUAUCAGAACUACAUUUAGACAUUCUUUGGCGUUUUUUUUUUAGUAUGAUGCCACCGAAAAUUCAUUAUUUUAGGGAAUCGUAUGUAACAACCUUCUCCGACGCAAGAUAUUCCUACACUUAUGUAAUAAGGAUGAAGUCAGAUUAGGUAUUGGAAUUUCUAAGUCGGUGAUAUCCCGCGUACUUAAAGGCAUUCUAAAACAAAGGAAUGUGGAUAAAGUUGGGGUACCACGAUAAUCCAGAAAAAGACCUGCAACAAUUUGUACCCCAGUCGUAGUAAGCAGUGCAGCGUUUUUUAGUAGGUGAGAACCCAUGAACACAAAAGUAAUGGCAAAUGCCGUCCACGUGCUCCAGACAAUGGGACUCAAUAUAAUCAAGAAGGAUCUCCAUCGGGAAAAACGACAGAAGUCAGGUGUACAAAAGAUGCUUCCUCAACAUGCCUCAGAAGGAAGAACAACUGAAAAAACUGUAUGAAAAAAUGUUAAAAUACUUGGGAAAAAAAUGUUAGUGGUGUGCUUUGGACAUGACAGCCUUACGACAGAGCCUUUUUCAAUGGAAACUAUGCUUCUAGGAUAUUUGACAAAAUACGUGGUUGUGAAUUAGAGCAUGAAUGAUUGUAGUGACAUGGAUUUUAACGAGGUAGUAAGGAUCCAAAAUCGUUUUGAUACCAUUGAUAUCAACUUUCUCAAGCAUUAUACGACCAAAUAUACAAAAUAAUGAGUAUGUUAUAUUAAAACAAUAUUUAUCCUCACUAUGUCGUGCCCCCAGUGGCA